ACCCUUAAAUUUUAUUAGUAUUGGCGGAAGAAGUCAUACUCAAUACAUAGUGUAGAUUUUGGGGUUGAGUUUAACCAUUAUUUUUAGUAAGACAUUGCAAAUUGAGUUCAUAGCCACUUCCAAGUAACGCAAUGUUUUACAGAAGAUAAUUUGUGAGAAUGUGGCACAAAUAAUCACAAUCCUGUGUGAAAAAAUCAUUCCUGAAGUUUCGCUUCCGUACACCAAGAGUGGAAAUUAAAAUCUGAUGUGAUGCUGUAAAACAGUGAAAAUUAACUAUUCAAGAAACAUUUAAACUUAAUAUCACUGGCAAAAUGGAAAUAAUUCCUGAAGGUAAACAUUUUGUCCUGGUAAAGGAAGAAGACCUGCAUGAAGUUCUUAAAGUGUUGGAAAAAUACUUUCCGUAUGCUAUCAAGUUCCAUCAAACGAUAAUGACGUACCUGAAAGAUAAAAUUUGGCAGUUUCAUUUCUACAUCUCUAAAACAUGGCCAGAAGAUCCGAUUUGUCUACAUUUUCCAGGAUGCACCUUAACCCCAUAUAAUAAAAUCUAUGAAAGUGUUGGUAUAUUUUGUCCGCCAGAUCAGCUUGAUAAAAUGUGCAUGAUAGAACGUGAGGACAUUCUCUUUAACUGGACUGAACCUAUUUAUAUGAACUUCACACACGUUGGUAUAAUGAACAAAAUGGAUAACAUCUUUCGCACAAAAGUUAAUGGACAACUAGUUGGCCGCAUCUAUGGGGAUAUCUACGUUCAGGACAACCCAUCUGAAUUGGAUCUAGAGUUGGAACCAAUGUCAAUGAAUGAAGCUGCUAUCCAGUCCCUGCGAAUUAGAGACGUGAAAGACAUUCACGAUUUAUAUCCUGCGAGGGACAUUGAAAGCAUAGAGCUAUUUGAGAAAUUAAUGAAUCAGCUGCCAGGCUUCGGAGUGUUCAGUAAAACUAACGAUGAACUAGCUGCGUGGAGUUUACAAUCAUACUAUGGCGGAAUGUUUUCUAUGCAAACCAAGCCGGAAUUCAGGCGAAAAGGAUAUGGCAUUCAGCUGGCACAGGCGCUUACUAAACUUGUAAUGCAAAGAGGGUACGUGCCGUUUGUUGUGAUAAGACCCGAGAACGACGCUUCCCGUGGUCUUUAUACUAAGCUAGGAUUCAGGAAAGCAUUUGAAAGCGUUAGAGGAACAUUCAAACCAUACAUUUACAACGUGGAAGAUGACAAGGAAAACGAAGAGAAUAAAAAUCAAGAUUCAAACUGUGACAGGGAGAAAAAGAACUGUUGAGCAAAGCAAAAAACAAACAAUAUCUAUUUAUCUUCUGCGCACGUAUAUUUAUAGCUAGCGUAUUUCAAAUGCAAUCAAUAAACAAUUUGCUUGAUUGAAUAAUAUCCAGUUUA